UACCCGCACUGGGCUAUUGGCGAAGUCUUUUAGUGUGUGCUCUGGAAGUGGGAAGUAAUCACUGAUUCACACUGAAGUUAGGUUGUAAUAAAACUUAGUCUGAAUUACGUAGUACACUAGAUUUUUUUUGGAUCUUUGAUCAGGGAGUUCCUGAUUACCAAGAUGAGUUCAGACGAGAAUGACCUUAACCGGCGACCCUCAGACGAGGAAGAUGGGAAUAGACCUCAUCGUCCACGGAGUGCCGCGAUGAGGAUGUGGGAGAUGCGGUGGAAACGAAGGUUAGAUAAAAGGUACAGACAUAAACUGAUGAAAAAGAGAAGACUGGAGAAGAGAACACAUGGAGCAUGGAUCGGUGUUGGCACUGGAAAUACGUUGAUACUUAGAGAAAGGUAUGAUAAGGUCAAUUGGUCGACCUACAAUACUGCCAUGAGGACUUUACUCGAAGCAACCUUUACGAAACUGACCUUGGCGACCCAUUGUUUGACUGGAAGGAAGUCACCAAGUUUCCCACAUAACCCAGCAAAAAAGCGGUUUGAUCCAAGAGUAAUUUCUGAUCUGACUUAUGAGGUACAGAAGAGAUUCACCGUAACAGCUACUUGGUUGCGGCGCAUCAUUACAAGCAAAUGUGGCAACGAGGCUCGGAUGCUUAAAAUACGACAGAAAAAGCAAAAACGUUACACUCGUGCAGGGAAUGCAAACCCGGCGCCACCACCACCAGCUGAGGCUGCUGAGGCUGCUGAGGCUGCUGAUGCUGCUGAUGCUGUAGUAGCACCACCACCAGCUGACGCUGCUGAGGCUGUAGCACAAGAAGGAAAUAGACGCAGGAGAAGAGUCCGUCAGAGAGAGUGACUUUAUUGAAACUGUGCAUUUUAUGGCUUAUACAUACUAACAUAUCUCAAAAAUAACGAAAGCAUAUAUUUUCAAGUGAUGUUACACAAAUUACCUAAAAUAUCCGAGCAAUUAAAAAUUAAUAAACGAAAACACGAAAUAAAAUAGGUAGGUUUAAAAUUAUAUCACACCACAAGCCGUACGGAGAAGGUUUGAGCAUCAAUCACCACGCUUGCUUAAUGAGGGUUCGACGCGUAUUUUGCUUAUUUAGUUAAAGAUGUAGUUCCUUUUAUAAAUUUCGUUGAAACUUGGGAAAAGUAUUGUUUGUAGCCAGUCUACAAAAUAUAUUUUUAUAGAAUAAUGUGGAUUAUUUUUUAAUUUUAUAAAAAUCUAAUAAUAUUUGAAUAUUAUAGUGUGUUGUGUACUUUUGCUAUAAUCCACUAAUAUACGUAGGUCAACUUAAACCUCUCUGAGUAUCGUCUGAACCUGACUUAAACUUUGUUUUACCUAAACUUCUGUUAAAAUAAGACCGUUGUGGUCCAUUUUAUUAAGUUUCACCUUGGACCGCACAUACAUUUUUAGUUUUAAGUGCCAAUCUGACAUGGAUUUCAUAUUUGAGUAGAGUAAGAAUGAUACCCUCGCAGAAAACGUGUUUCGUCGUGUGAGAAAUUACCGGAGACCCAAUUACCCCCCUUUCCCAAACUCCCCAAUCCUGGAAUCUUAAAUUCCUAAUCCCCAAAUCACCGACAACGCACUGGUAACUUAGUAAAAAUUAAGGAGAUUCACUAACACGACUGGGCUUUACUUGGAUAAAAGUAAUCCCAUCAAAAACAUCCUGUAAAAAACCCAAGUCUCGCAGCUCAGUCUUUCUACCGUCAAAAGUUGUGAGAUCCAUGUAAUACCAAGUCGGUUAAUCUAUUUAGUGUCUACUUGAAGGACCUUCUGUCUUAAGUUAUUACAUAAGUUAUUAUCAUGCCAAU